AUGAGGCUCGCCCAUUGGGAAUGGCAGUUGCCCAUAUCUCUGUCUGGUCGGCACCCCCCACUGCCCCAGCCGGCCGCCCGGGGGCCCCCUGGGGCAACACUGCUCUGGCUCCUCCACUGCCGCUUCCUGGGUGGCAGCUAUGAGACAGCUGGCUGGAGCUGGGAGGCGUCCACCAAGCGCGGAUGUCGGGGUGUGCACAUGAGUGUGCAGGUGCCCCAGGGCCGUGGGGAAGGAGGGCCCCCUUGCCGCACCUGUGGGGAGCUGGACGCAGCCCACGCAGGCCUGACACCGAGCAGUGGCCACAGUAAGAGGGUCCCGGGCGUGAGCGACAUGGCCAAGCGCAGACCUUGUGACGGCUGUGGCCCCAGGCCGAGCCAGAGCACGCUGGACGCCGGCGCCGGCGAGGCCCGCGCUGGCAGCGGCCGCAAGCAGCCCGGCUCCGGCAAGAACACCAUGGGCGACCUGUCCCGGACGCCGGCCGCCGAGACGCUCAGCCAACUCGGGCAAACUUUGCAGUCGCUCAAAACCCGCCUGGAGAAUCUCGAGCAGUACAGCCGGCUCAAUUCCUCCAGCCAGACGAACAGCCUCAAGGACCUGCUGCAGAGCAAGAUCGACGACCUGGAGAGGCAGGUGCUGUCGCGAGUGAACACGCUGGAGGAGGGCAAGGGGGGCCCCAAGAACGACACCGAGGAGAGGGUCAAGAUCGAGAGCGCCCUCACCUCCCUGCACCAGCGGAUCAGCGAGCUGGAGAAAGGUCAGAAGGACAAUCGCCCUGGAGACAAGUUCCAGCUCACGUUCCCGCUGCGGACCAACUACAUGUACGCCAAGGUGAAGAAGAGCCUGCCGGAGAUGUACGCCUUCACCGUGUGCAUGUGGCUGCGCUCCAGCGCGGCGCCGGGCGUCGGCACGCCCUUCUCCUACGCCGUGCCCGGCCAGGCCAACGAGCUCGUCCUCAUCGAGUGGGGCAACAACCCCAUGGAGAUCCUCAUCAACGACAAGGUGGCCAAACUGCCUUUUGUCAUCAAUGACGGCAAGUGGCAUCACAUCUGUAUUACCUGGACCACCCGAGACGGGGUCUGGGAAGCCUACCAGGACGGCACCCAGGGCGGAACCGGGGAAAACCUGGCUCCCUACCACCCCAUCAAGCCACAAGGCGUGCUGGUGCUGGGCCAGGAGCAGGACACUCUGGGUGGCGGGUUCGACGCCACCCAAGCAUUCGUGGGUGAGCUGGCCCAUUUCAACAUCUGGGACCGAAAGCUGACACCAGGGGAGGUGUACAACCUGGCCACCUGCAGCUCCAAGGCCCUUUCUGGCAACGUCAUCGCCUGGGCCGAGUCCCACAUCGAGAUCUAUGGCGGGGCCACCAAGUGGACAUUCGAAGCCUGUCGCCAGAUCAACUGAGCUCCCGCCCCUCAGCCAGGCCCCCACCCACAUCCCCUGCUUCUGCGGUGACGAUCUGUCCUGUCUCUCUCCCUCUCCCUCAGGAAUGUCAAGGCCAUGGCCCUCGUACGCGCACACACGCACACGCUCACGCUCACGCUCACGCACAGCCUGGUUGGGUCCUCGUGCACAUGAGGCAGGCCCGGCUCCCAUCUGUCCCCAAGGAGGCCCUCUUCUCUCUAGGAGCCCGGGACCCUUCCUCAGGCAGGCCCCAGUCACCGAAGGCGCGGGCGGCGGCAUUUUAAACGCAGCAGGUGAGAGGCCUGCGCGUGUGUGCGUGUGCGUGUGUGCGUGCGUGUGUCUGAGUGUGUGUGCGUGUGUCUACGAGCGUGUGUCUCUGGGGGGAGGCUUUUUCUUUUGGAAUGAGGCAUUUCAUUUCCUCUUUCUUUGUGGCUGUGGGGACUCUCAUGGCUGGCUGAGUGCGUCUGCCAACCUUGCAAGCUGCCCGUGUGCCUUGAGGCCCGUGUGGCUUCUUCAUCACACACAUUUGUAUCCAUUUGCGAAGCUUGUUCUGAGCAGCAUAUCUCUACUGAUGAGAUGAGUGUCCUUUGGCGGCUUGGUAAAGGCUGGAGGGGGGGGCGGUGCUCGCCACGAAGCGUUUUUCUUUUGUAGUAGAAUUGUCUCUGAAGGGGUGAAGGCACCAGGUGCUCAGAGGAGGUGGGAAGGGGGGUCCGGGCAGUCCCCCCUCACCCCCUAGUGCCCGGCCAGCAUCCCGCUGUUGGCAUCUGGGAGGCUGGCCUGCGUGUCCAGCCCGGCCGGCUCUGGCCCUCAGCCCUCCCGCCUCCUCACGCCCGGCCCGGCACGCCUGGGAUCCGUCCUCCCUCUCAGCCGCCAGCUUGUCCUGCCACCACAGGACCUGAGAAAGGAGUGUCCCACCCGCAGCCCGGGAAGCCAGGCCCCCGGGCCCCUCCCCGUUGCCUGCGGCAGUGGGAGACGGGAGGCUGCGGUAGGUCAGCUCAAGGGCACAUCUUCUAGAUGAGGAAACCUGGUUACCCGGCCACACGGGGCCACUGAGACCCAGCCCACGCAGCGGGCCGGCUCAGCGGCUCAGCCAGCCCUCCGGGGGCAGGGCCUCCGGAGACCCCUCACCCAGGCCAGGCCCUGAAACCCACUCCCCAUCUUACAGGGCUCAAGUCCUGUAGCAGCCCCCAACCUGUUGCCAGCUAGUGACACUGAGACCCAGCCAGUGUCCAGAAGCUUUUUUCCCCCAUGAAAAGCCAUCAUGCGCAUUUCCUUCGAGUCUUUUGAGGCGGGAGGAAAACUGUGUGUGUGUGUGUGCGUGUGUGUGCGUGCGUGUGUGUGUGUGUGCACGCGUACAUUGAGAGAGAGAGAGAGGAAAAGCAUUCAGACAGAUCACGCCCAGGGCAGGCGAGCUCCCUGCUUUUCCGCACCAUCUGGGGGUCGCAUGCCCCAAGGGCACCCUGGACUCUGUCACCAGGAGUCUAAAUAGCAAAAGGCUGGCAAGUCUUUCUAGAAAUCCUGCCGCACUGCCUGGCUCACCUACAGCUGCAGACAUUUCUUCAGAAGGAGCAGGUGUUUCUGCCUCCCGUUCCGGGGCACCUGUCUCCCUAAACGCAGGUCCAUAUUGUGUCGGAAACCUAGUGCAUCUGUGUGUGUCUGUGCUGGUGUCUCUGUGUGCGUGUCCCCGUGGGUGUCUGCACGGUGCCCGGUCGCCGAUCUGCCGCGCUCCGUUUGCAGGACGCGGCCCAGGCUGUGCGUCGUGGCUCAACAGUGGCUUUUUUCUUCUGACCAUUGUGCUUUGUCAGAGCUGUAGGUUGUGGCAUCUUUGGAUCUGCAGAGACCUUCUCUGUUUGCAUGUCCCUCGGGGUGGCGUGUCCCUUGCCCCCUCAGUCUGACGUGUGUCCCCCUGCCUGCAUGGACUUCUCCGGUUCUGUGUUUUGUGCCAAGUGCCACCCGUUGUUCUGUGACCAUCCAUGUAGCUACCGAAAAUGGCUGGGAAUGCAAGCCAAGGGUGUCGGGGGGAGGUCACGGGAGAGGAUCCGUUCCCUCUUCCCGCCCCCACACCCCAAACACACCAAGAAGUAUUUUUCACGUGCAGGACGAGGACAGGCCUAAACAGUACCCGUGGUUGGUAGAGAGCGAGAGCUUGAAAUCACCCCUUUAGACCAGACGGCCCACCCUCACAUCAGCCAUCUGGGAGCUGCUGCGAGGCAAGGCCCAGAGCCGGCUCGGUGCUCUCCGGUCAGCCCCUCCCACCAGCCCCUGCCGAUGCCGGAACCCCAGACUCUGCCCAGCGCGGGCUUGGUGGGAGCUGUCCAUCAGGACCACAAGCCAUCCUCUGCCCUGACUAGAGACGGGCAGAGCAAACCCCAGACGUGUCUGUCCCUUCUGCCUCCUGACCCUUCGCCGUCCUCGCCCCUCCCCUGACGCACCCGUGGUGCCAGGGACAGAAGCUGACACUUAGCUCCCUUCCCGCCCCUACCUGGAGCCUGUGCCAAGCCCCCGACGCCCUCACUGUGUUAAUACUUGGCACCCUGCUGGCCCCGAGAGAGGACGACACAGCCACCAAUCUAGUCCACUAGUUUCCACCGACUCCUUAAUCUGAUUGAUGCUCCCUCUUGCACUGAAUAACCCAUGCCUAUCUCAGGUAAGCCGUUUUAUAAACGAAGACGGUAAGAAGCACUGUGGAGACAGUGUCUGCUUUGGCCGAGCUGGAGCCCCACGGCUCUGCGGGUCUGGGGCGCGAGGGGGCAGAGGGGGCGGCCAGCAGGCUCUCCCGGCCCCCAGGGGGGCUUAGAUCCCACUCGAAUCGUAAGCCUUCUUGCUUUUGAUAACACGGUAUUAUUUCUCUUACUGUAGAAGAAAAAGUUUAUUACCAAACAAGAGUAUUUUUAUGAAAGAAAAGGACAAACCUAUAAAUUAACUCAACCUCUAUCUCCCUCGAAAAUACUUUCAGGCUCCACCAAAACGUAGGACUGAAAGCACGUAUUUUGGAAGAAAGAGACACGUUUUGUAUGCUUUCUUUUCCUUUUGUAGAUUCCCAGUUUAUUUUCUAAGACUGCAAAGAUCACUUUGUCACCAGCCCUGGGACCUGAGACCAAGGGGGUGUCUUGUGGGCAGUGAAGGGGAGGGGCGAGGCCGGCGUGAGAUCCACGGCUGUUCCACUGGGCCCCGAGGAGAGGCCGCCUGUUACCCAAGGCGAGCUGGGACCAGGGUGGAAACGGGCCAUUAGUGGCAGACCUGUUGAGAACCGUCUGAGGACUCAGUGCACGGUCCCAGCCCCGGCGGAGGAGUCUAGGGUUCCGUGGUAACACGAGGAGGAUGGGGUCUUUUGUAAUCUUAAGGCGACCAACGUGUGGCUUGAAGCAGCCAUGGUUUCAUCUCUUGACUCGGACUCGGAGUCGGAGUGUGUAAAUUUCUUCAGCUAAUGCUAGGGAACGUGUUGCUCCCAUGCACAGUGGACGUGAGUCAAUUUGACGGGAACAAGUCAUUGAGCCCAAUACAUAGAGUCCCAAUUUUGUCUUAUUUGCCAAAACAAACAAACAAACAAACAAAAUAAGGACGAGAAAGCGAACCCCCCUAUGGUUGAUAUUGUUGCAAUGUACAUACUGUAUAAUAUGAGAGAAUCGAUGUAUCUUACUUUUUCAUUAUUUGCUAACCAAAGCUGUACAUUUUUCAUAUGAUCUGCAGCCUUUUGGGUAUCAAAUGGGUCAAAACCAUGGGACCCGCCACCUCCCAUCAGCAACUCUGGAAAUGCACUAUUUCUACUGGUAUUCUUGCUUUUUUCUUUUUUUUUUUUUCAUUUUCUUGCUAAAAUGACAUGAAUUGUUGAGUUUAUUUUUACACAGUAAAGAGUGAAGA